UGCUGGAGGUGAUCAUGCAUCGCCUGGGGCGCCGCAUUCCCCCUUUUUUCGGGCUUUUAAUAACUCUGUUUCAGGCAAACUCUUCGGCUUCAGAACAGUCGCGUAUCCCUAACGAGAAUCUCCUCGUGCUUACUGUAGCAACCAAAGAAACGGAUGGCUUCAAACGCUUUAUGCAGACCGCUGAGCAUCUCAACUACACAGUUAAGGUACUUGGUGCAGAGGAAGAGUGGCGUGGAGGAAAUAUACCACACUCGAUUGGUGGGGGACAGAAAGUACGAUUAUUGAAGGAGGAGAUGCAAAACCAUGCAGAUCGUGAUGACCUCGUUAUAUUAUUCACUGACAGUUAUGAUGUUCUGUUUGCCGGUGGUCCUGAAGAGUUACUGACCAAGUUCCAGCAGUUCAACAACAAGGUGGUCUUUGCCGCUGAAGGACUUAUCUGGCCAGAUAACAGGCUCGCAGACAAGUAUCCCAAUGUCCGCAGGGGGAAGAGAUUCCUCAGUUCAGGAGGGAUUAUUGGAUAUGCUUCUUCCAUUAAUAAGAUUGUAGAGAAAUGGCAAUUACAAGAUAAUGAUGAUGAUCAACUGUUCUAUACCAAAGUUUAUGUGGAUCCUGUAAAGCGACUUUCCCUCAAUAUAACCUUGGAUCAUAAAAGCAACAUUUUCCAAAACCUAAAUGGAGCUGUAGAUGAAGUAGAGUUGCAGUUUGAACCAACCAGGGUCAGAACCAAGAACAUAAUAUUUGACACAUUGCCUGUACUAAUCCAUGGCAAUAGACAAACCAAACACUUGCUGAACUAUAUGGGUAACUAUGUUCCUGACGCUUGGACUUCUGAAACUGGCUGCACAGUUUGUGACGUCGAUUUGUUGGAUUUGUCAUCCUUGGAUGAAUAUCCCAGCGUGACUGUCGGCAUAUUCAUUGAACGGCCAACACCCUUUCUUCCAGAGUUUUUAGAAAGACUAUUGACCAUCAAUUAUCCAAGAGAGAAGCUUAAGUUCUUCAUACACAAUAAAGAAGUUUACCAUGAAAAACAUUUGUUCAAGUUUUGGGAUAAACACAAAGGUAAACUUAAAGUGAAAUUUGUCGGGCCUGAGGAAGUCCUGAGUGAAGGAGAUGCAAGAAAUAUGGGCAUGGACUACUGUCGGAGGGACCCAGGAUGUGAUUAUUACUUCAACCUUGAUUCAGAUGUUGUACUGACGAACCCAAACACCCUCAAACUUUUAAUUCAGCAAAACAGGAGGAUAAUUGCACCAAUGGUUAGCCAGUACAAAAGGUUAUGGUCCAAUUUCUGGGGUGCGUUGAGUCCCGAUGGUUUCUAUGCACGCUCUGAGGAUUAUGUUGAUAUUGUCGAAGGAAGCAGAGUAGGAGUGUGGAAUGUCCCAUACAUAGCUCAUGUGUACCUUAUUAAAGGUGAGGUCUUAAGAACAGAUUUAAAGGAAAAGAACUACUUUAAUCAGGAUAGGAUGGAUUCUGAUAUGUCACUCUGCAGAAAUCUCAGGGAACAGAAAAUAGAGAAAGAAAAAGACCCGCCUACUGCGGACAGUUGCCAUAUGUUCAAGCCCCCAAAGGGGGUUUUCAUGUAUGUUAGCAACCAGCAUGAAUUUGGAAGGCUUCUCCCAACAGAAGGUUACAACGCUUCACGCUUGCAUGGUGAUCUGUGGGAGAUCUUUGAUAAUCCAUUGGAUUGGAAGGAGAAAUACAUUCAUCCAAACUAUUCAAAGAUAUUCACAGGAGGGGUGGUUGAAGAGCCAUGUCCAGAUGUCUUCUGGUUCCCCAUAUUUUCAGAGACAACUUGUGAUGAACUCGUGGAGGAAGUAGAGAACUACGGUGAAUGGUCUGGUGGAAAGAAUGAGGAUAAGCGAUUAGUGGGCGGAUAUGAAAAUGUUCCCACUGAUGACAUUCACAUGACUCAGGUUGGACUGGAUCAGGUGUGGCUGCAUUUCAUUCGGGAGUACAUUGCUCCAAUUGCACUGAAGCUAUUUUCUGGUUAUCACACUAAGGGACUUGCCAUGCUGAACUUUGUUGUGAAAUAUACACCAGAGAGACAGGCUUCUCUAAGGCCCCAUCAUGACUCCUCUACUUUCACCAUAAACAUCGCCUUAAAUAAUAAAGGAAUAGAUUACCAGGGUGGAGGCUGCAAAUUCCAUCGAUAUAACUGUGCUGUUGAGUCCCCCAGGAAAGGAUGGAGUUUCAUGCAUCCAGGAAGACUAACGCAUCUCCACGAAGGACUCCCAACUACAAACGGGACAAGAUACAUUGCAGUGUCUUUUGUUGAUCCAUAGAGCUCCAAUGUCCUUGCAUCCUAAUGAACACACAAGGUGACUGUAGGCUCCUCUCCUGAAGUUCCCAACAUCCAGUUCAUUAAAUAUUUUUAAAACAGAUGCUUGAAUUUUUGUGUGAUGACCCAGAAGUGAAUUUUAUUUUAAAACAGAUUUCUACUAAACCUGAACAGUUAUGUGUUGAAGUGUCAGUAAAAGUGGUGCUGGGCAGAAAAGCUUCAUUUCAUUGGUUAUCAAGUGCCUCUUGCUGUUGAACUCAUGAUGGGCAUCCCCCAGAGCCCUGUGAGUCAGUGUUGUUUUAGAGUCUUAUGUUAAGAUGAUACAGAGGCCACAUCUGCAAACUUAGUUUGUUUGGAGUAUUUUCUAGCCUUUACAUCACUAGUUUCUUACCCCUAGAAAAGGGUUUUCAGUUGUUUUUUUUCAGUUGGACCAAUUGUGUGCAAUUUAGCAGCCACAGGUAGGCCCCUUUCCACUGUGACUAGAGAGAUAGGCCAAUUUAAGUCAACCAUCAAUCUGCAUAAAUCAGCAGACAAUGUUCAGCCACAGAGAGACAAAUACCUUGCCCUUAAGCUGUUUCCUGCCAGUCCUUCCUCCAUACAAGACCCACCACUCAAUCUACUCACUUUGUUACUUUUUAUUUUGCAGCCUGCUUUAUUUUUUGAAGGAAAGUUUUGCACAACCAGUUCAGGAACACCAAACUAAAAAGCUGGCUCUUAUACAAGCAGAAUUUUGCUUUUAACAUUUUUCAUCUUUCACUUAUGCACACACAAGACAUUGUCCUAAUUGACAAAAUAAAUCUCUGGCAAGUUCAUUUUCUGUUACCUGGUGUAUUGACAAUAAAUCUGGACUAACGCUAUAAACUACACAACAGUAGCCCUAGUACAGUCUACUGUUUAUGACCUGCCUGGGGACAGGUAGGCCAGAGUUAACUUAUUCUGCCAACUGUUCUUAAGUUUAAAUAAAAAUGUUUUGUAAAAGAA